GCCCUUCUAUGCGGAUUCCUGGAUCAGCAAAGAUGUCUUCGGGCAAUAUCCGCACACUCCGUUUGAACCAUGGACCAGACGUACGAGAAGGCGUUGCCUUUGAGUAUAUAAUCUCGCCGAGAGCACUGCAAGCAGCUGAUGCAACAGACCAGCAAAUUAUUCCUAUUCUUGCAUUCCCUCCAGCAUAUUUCUUCCGCCUUCGAGACCUCACGCCUCUUCAGCAACUUGCAACUUCAGCAUGGAUUCUCGCCUUGGAGCUUUCGGUCCCUUGCCUCGUGAAAUCCGGGGAGCUCUCUUUAAGGAAUGCGUCAACCAGCGCACUGCCCGGUCUCUUGCUUGUACCAGCUCCAAGAUAUACGAAGAGCUCACGUACUUUAUGUACGACCAGAUGGCCCUUAUAUUUGACAUCGACCCGGCGGACACUUCUUCAAAUGUUCGCAUACUCAACGACCAAGGCAAGCACUGGGGCUGGAAGCCGCGUCGCAAACCUAUCAUGACCUCGCAAGUCCAUGUCAAAGAAAUGGAUGAGACACGCUCUAUGCCACUGGAGAAAUUCAAGCGCAUAGUCAUACAACUGCAUGCGCCAGAUCCACAAGACCCGGGACAGCUUGUUAGAGGUUGGCUUCAAAUCACACGCCUUCUCAGCUUGCUGCUGCCUCAACGAGAAUACCACUACUAUUUCCCCCAAAGCGCGAGCAACUUUGUACCAGGCCAACUGAAUCAGGGCUACAAUUUACCUGAAGUUUGCAUCCGGGUUCUGGACACAAGACACUUCUGUUGGACUAGGGGGAAAGCAGAUCGCCGUUUCCGACGCCUUGGAGUCGAGGAGAAAGACCUAGCCGACAGAUUAUACGAAAGCAGCAGACUAAAUACGUUCCUGAUCCCGUUCCGCCAAGUGCGGCGAGCGCGAUCCCUCACAGUGGAACUUCCUAAAAGCGUGGUCUUGGACCAGGAGCCGAUGUUGAGAGCAGAAAUAUCCCUGCUCAGUGAACUUGGCCCCUUACGGAAUGUUUUUGGCCAGAACUUCGAGGAAGAUUCAAAACUCUGUCAGUUCGAAUCUGAGAUCGAUCUUCGUCUCGAUUACGAGAUGGACUUCCUUGAAGGUGAUGCGGCAAGACAAUUACGCCGAGCACGGUUCUAUCAAAUAUGUGACUAUACGGUAGCGGCAUACUCGCGGUGGCGCUGGGGUAUGACAACGAUUUCCGAUGGGGUUGAUGAUACGAAAGGUUCUCGUGUUUUUGGCGGAUGCGAACCUCUACUGGACCGGGAAACUCGUGAUCUGGUCAAUGAGGCUUGGAUCGAGCGUAUGAAAGACUGUGCUAUUUUAAGCCCUAACUACGUGAACGAUCGAAUAGCGUGGAAGGACUAUUACCCUGGAGGGAUCCCGCACAUGGGGACCAGGAAGUACGCAGCGAUGCUGGCAGAAUUGGACCGCGGCGGGCCUAUAUCCUUUGAGGCCAGACUUCGGGACCGUGAAUGCGAAGGUUGCCGCAAAGCAAAGAGGCGGGAGAACGAGAGAUGGGUUGACGACUGUUUGAGUCCGGUUGGAAGAGAGUAAGCGUCCCCCUCGACAACGGGACACCACGAGUGAGGACGAACAGAUCUGGGUGUAACAAGGCUGAGCAGCUUGAUAUGCAGAAUCGAG